AUGAUAGUUCCUUCCUUACCACAUGAAUGCGUUGAACAUAUUUUAUAUUUUGUCAAGCAGAAUAAUCGAGGAUUAUAUUCUUGUCUUCUCGUAAACAGAAUAUGGUGUAGGAUUACCAUUCCAUUAUUAUGGAGUAAUCCAUUCGAAAGGGAAAUCAAAUUAACCUCUCAAAAAUAUUUAUUUUUAAAUAAUUAUUUCAUAAAUCUAAAUGAAGAAGAAAAUUCGGCACUCAUUGAAUUAGAAAAAGGGAUUCCUUCUUACCGUAGACCAAUAUUUGACUACAUAAAAUACUUGGAAAUUGAAGAUUUUGACAUUCAAUUUCCUUCCAUAUUAUAUCCGGAUAAUGCCAUGAAUUACGUUGGAGCGAUCAUUAAAAAUCAAAACAACAUCAAAUCAUUAAAGAUCAAUCUUCCUCGAAAUUGGGCUUUACCAUUUCAACGAAAUUCACUUCGAAAUUUAAAUUUACUGGAUUUAACGAACUUCAAGAUCCAUUUGAAUGAUAUCUUAUCAUCACUCCCUAACAAUCAAUUGACAGAAUUAUAUUUCAAAAAUUGUAAAUUGAAUAUAGAUGCGGAUUCAUUAUCAAUCAAACAAGUACCCAUUUGCAGUUUACAAAUUACCGAUGAUGAAGGUUUCGAGAAACAAUAUUUGAUCAUUCAAAUGGCAGGGAAAUAUUUGAAAAAAUUACACCUUAAUAGUUUAAACGUUGAAACUGUUAAGACGAUGAUUAAUUAUUGUCCAAACAUUAUAGAUUUCACGUUGGAUCGUUUGAUAAAGAGAGACAUUCCACUUUUGUUUGGAAUUUUAGAUAAUUUGAAACUUCAAAAGAUUUCUUUGUCGUUGAUUUAUGAUAGUUCUUACGAGUUGAAUUCUUCAGUAAUAUUUGAUAGUCUGGCAUCACAUUUACCUUCUACCUUGACGAAAUUAUAUUUAGAAGGUAGCAAUUACACCGCUAAUGAAAUUUAUAACUUCCUGGGAAAUUAUAGCGGUUCUUUAACCUAUUUAAUUAUCUAUGAUAAAUUCCUUUUUAGAAAUCCAAAAGAAAAGUUACAAGUAUUUUUUAAUUUUAUGUCAAACAACUACAGUUUAAAGGUUUUUGGUGUUGAAUUUAAAGAGAAAUUGUAUGAUGUAUAUUCAAUUCAAGAUCUUAAUAACUUUGGUCAUAGUUUUAUUAAGAGAGAAAAUUCUAUUUGUAAUGACAUCAAUUCUUUUAGACAUUUUAAAGUGUUUCGGAAGGAGAAGGGUAUUUAUGGGAUUUAUAUGAUUUCAACAUCCGAAUUACAUAACUUUAUUGAAUAUGAGCAUUAUUCUCUUACUUUAAAUGAGUGA